CAAUGGCUAUCUCAUAAUCUAUAUCAAUAUAAAUGUACGGCCAUGAUUAUGUUAGGCACCUGCAACGAAUAACAUGAUUGUAAUAAUUUAACUGCUAAAACAGUUCCUUCUGUUAUGUUUUUCGUGAAUCUUCACAGAGAAAGUAAAUUAGAGAGAGAGAGUAGAAAAGCUUGAAGCUGUAUAAGAGACAUCAGUGUCUCUAGUAGAGUGUGUUUGUCUUGUGAGAGAGAGAAAGUAAAGUGAAUAGUUGGUGAAGAUGAUGAAUAACUCAGUAGUUUCAGACAACAGUUUUAUUAUUGAAAGUGAAGAAGAAGAUGAUAAGGAUUUUAACGAUGGAAAUGUUUCUGAUUCGUCUAAUUACUCGAAUGAAAAUCCGCCACAGAGGAAACCAAGUUCUUAUAACCCUUCAUGGCCACAGAGUUACAGGCAAUCAAUUGAUCUAUACAGUAGUGUACCGUCGCCCAAUAUUGGAUUUCUGGGAACUUCAUCAGUUUCAAGAUUAAGCAGUUCCUUCCUUUCUACAUCUCUAACAAGGAGGCACACUCCAGAAUCACUUCCUUCCGCUGCAAAGCCUCUGAUACAACAGCAGAUAGAAGAUGAGCCACAACAAAGACGGAGCUCUCACACCUUGCUUCCGCCUUCUGCUAGAAGGUCGUCUAGUCUUAAGAAAGACUCUAAGGUUUCUCAUGAAGUUCCUUCUGGCCAUUGCUCUUUCGGACAGGCUGUGCUUAAUGGCAUAAAUGUUCUUUGUGGAGUAGGGAUCCUUUCAACCCCUUAUGCUGCUAAAGAAGGUGGAUGGGUAGGACUUUCCAUCUUGUUCAUUUUCGGAAUUCUUUCCUUUUAUACCGGAUUGCUCCUGCGUUCUUGCUUGGACAGUGAACCUGGUCUUGAGACAUAUCCUGACAUUGGCCAAGCUGCUUUUGGUACUGCCGGACGUAUUGCCAUUUCAAUAGUAUUGUACAUCGAAUUAUAUGGCUGUUGCAUUGAGUAUAUAAUUUUGGAAGGCGACAACUUGGCUUCGUUGUUUCCAAAUGCAUACUUAAAUUUAGGUUUAAUCGAGUUGAAUCCGAGAACACUCUUUGCUGUGAUUGCCACCUUGGCUGUUCUUCCUACCGUUUGGCUCCGCGACCUUAGCAUUCUUAGUUACAUUUCAGCCGGUGGAGUUAUCGCAUCCGUUUUAGUAGUUCUGUGCUUGUUAUGGGUCGGUGUUGAAGACGUUGGCUUUCAACGCUCGGGGACAACGCUCAAUCUUGCAACUCUACCUGUUGCUAUCGGUCUUUACGGCUACUGUUAUUCUGGACAUGCUGUGUUCCCAAACAUUUACACAUCCAUGGCAAAUCCAAACCAAUUCCCUGCAGUACUAGUAGCAUGUUUCGGAGUUUGUAGCUUACUGUAUGCUGGAGGCGCUGUUAUGGGAUACAGAAUGUUCGGAGAAGAUACACUCUCUCAAUUCACUCUUAACCUGCCACAAGAUUUGGUUGCAACCAAGAUUGCUGUCUGGACUACGGUGGUUAAUCCAUUUACCAAGUAUGCAUUGACUAUGUCUCCGGUGGCGAUGAGUCUUGAAGAGUUGAUACCAUCAAACCAUUCCAAGUCUUACCUGUUUUCCAUUUUCAUCAGAACCGGCCUUGUGUUUUCCACCCUUGUUAUUGGUCUCUCAGUUCCCUUUUUCGGUUUGGUAAUGUCGUUGAUUGGAUCUUUACUUACAAUGAUUGUAAGUUUGAUACUACCAUGUGUUUGUUACCUAAGAAUCUUGCGAGGCAAAGUCACGCGAUUACAUUCAGGACUUUGCGUUUCGAUAAUUAUAAUAGGCGUUGUGUGUUCGUCGGUUGGAACGUACUCAGCGCUCGCGGAGAUUGUUAAGAGUUUGAGUGGAUGAAGUUUUGCGUAGAAGAUGAAAUUUGUUUGCUAGUAUCUCUACCCUUUUCAAUAUUCUAUCUGUUUUGAUUAUCCCAAUUUUGAGUUGAGUUUUUCGCUUGUUUUGUGGCUUUUUCAUUCUGUUACUGUUAUUUGUUGUUACCAUGUUAUAAAAAGUUUUGCUCAGGUUUGAAGUGUUGGAAAUAUAGAUUAUUCAUGAUUUUUGUUUUA